GCCAGAGUUGAGUCUGUGUUGAUUCAGUCUCGUCUUCACGAUGGACAGUUUGGACAUGAACAGUGGACACUCUGAGGUGUUUGUGGAGCUGAACGAGCUGAUGAUUGACAGGAACCAGGAGCUGCAGUGGAGGGAGACCGCUCGCUGGAUCAAGUUUGAGGAGGAGGUGGAGGAGGAGACGGAGCGCUGGGGUCCACCUCACGUCGCCUCGCUCUCCUUCCGCUCGCUGCUCGAGCUCCGAAGAACCAUCUCCCAUGGGGCGGUGCUUCUGGACCUGAAGCAGAGGACGCUGCCGGACAUCGCCCAGCAGGUGGCGGAGCAGAUGGUGAUCUCAGAUCAGAUCAGAGCUGAGGAUCGGACCAGUGUCCUGAGAGCUCUGCUGCUCCGACACAGUCAUCCCAGUGAUGAGAAAGAUCACAGCUCGUUCAGCAGGAACAUCUCUGCUGCCAACAUGGCCGCCCUGAUUGACAAACACAGUGGCCAAUCAGAGCUCCCCCAGAAACUGACCAAUCACAAAGAGGCUGACCCAGAGAAGACCAAGAGAGAAGCCCCGCCCCUCUGUCAACCCAGAUCCAAACAUGAAGCAAAGCUGAUGGAGAAGAUCCCAGAGAGAGCUGAGGCCACCGUGGUUCUCGUGGGCAGCGUGAGCUUCCUGGAUCAGCCCUCCAUGGUGUUUGUGCGGCUGCAGGAGGCGGUCCUGCUCGAGUCUGUUCUGGAAGUCCCCGUCCCUGUGAGGUUCCUCUUCUUGCUGCUGGGCCCACCCGUCCCUAACGUCGACUAUCACCAGAUCGGACGCUCCAUCUCCACCCUUAUGUCCGACAAGCACUUCCAUGAGGCAGCGUACCAGGCUGAUGACCGGCAGGAUCUGCUGACCGCCAUCAACCACUUCCUGGACUGCAGCGUGGUCCUGCCGCCCUCGGAGGUCGAUGGGGAUGAGCUGCUCCACUCUGUCGCUCGCUUCCAAAGAGAGAUGCUCCAAAAGAGGGAGGAGGAGCAGGGCAGCAAGCUGCAGGAGAAACCGUCGAUGCUUCAGCUGCAUGAAGAUUCCCUGGUUCCCUCCAAACCCAGCGAGGAGCCCCUGAGGCGAUCGGGGCGUCUGUUUGGAGGUCUGGUCCAGGACAUGGCUCGACGUUACCCUCAGUACCUCAGUGACCUCAGAGAUGCUCUGAACCCUCAGUGCAUGGCCGCCAUCAUCUUCAUCUACUUUGCUGCCCUGUCACCUGCCAUCACCUUCGGUGGACUGUUGGGUGAGAAAACCGAGGGUCUGAUGGGCGUGUCGGAGCUGAUUGUUGCCACAGCCAUGCAGGGCAUCGUGUUCAGCGUGUUGGGCGCUCAGCCUCUGCUGGUGAUCGGCUUCUCUGGACCACUGCUGGUGUUUGAAGAGGCCUUCUUCACUUUUUGUAAAAGCAAUGGGAUCGAGUACUUGACGGGCCGGGUGUGGAUCGGGUUCUGGCUGGUGCUACUGGUUCUCCUCACUGUGGCCUUUGAGGGAAGCAUCCUUGUUCGCUUUGUCUCCCGCUUCACUCAGGAGAUUUUCUCCUUCCUCAUUUCCCUCAUUUUCAUCUACGAGACCUUCGCCAAGACGAUCAAGAUCUUUCAGGAGCAUCCUCUCAAAAACUGUUACCAUGGAAACAACACAGCAUCUCCAUUUUUCUGCAACUACACAACUGCUGCUGGGAAUACUGGGAAGGUUGUGGGAGAGCCCAACACCGCCCUGCUGUCGUUACUGCUCAUGGCGGGAACGUAUUUCAUCGCUUUCUACCUCCGCAAGUUCAAGAACAGCUCCUUCUUCCCCGGCAGGCUCCGUAGGAUCAUCGGAGACUUUGGGGUACCCAUUGCUAUCCUCAUCAUGGUGUUGGUGGACUACAGUGCGGAGGACACCUACACCCAGAAGCUCAGUGUGCCCAGUGGAUUCUCUGUCUCCAGUCCAGAGAAGCGUGGUUGGAUGAUUUCUCCUUUGGGAUCGGACGGGCAGUUCCCCAUUUGGAUGAUGGGUGCAAGCAUUCUGCCGGCCAUCCUCGUCUUCAUCCUCAUCUUCAUGGAGUCCCAGAUCACAGCACUGAUUGUCAGUAAAAAGGAGAGGAUGCUGGUGAAGGGAACUGGUUUUCACCUGGACCUCCUCAUCAUCGUGGUGGUGGGUGGAAUCUCAGCUCUGUUUGGUUUGCCUUGGCUGUCAGCUGCGACAGUUCGGUCCGUCACCCACACCAACGCCCUCACCGUCAUGAGCAAAGCUGUGGCCCCUGGCGACAGGCCCCGCAUCCAGGAAGUGAAGGAGCAGAGGGUGACUGGCUUCCUGGUGGCUGUGUUAGUGGGUCUGUCCAUCGUGAUCGGAGAGGUUCUGCGUCAGAUCCCUCUAGCGGUGCUUUUUGGGAUCUUCCUCUACAUGGGUGUGAUGUCCCUGAACGGGAUCCAGCUCACCGAGAGGCUCAUCCUGCUGCUGAUGCCCUCAAAGUACCACCCGAAUCAAAGCUACGUCCGCAAGGUACGGACGUUAAGAAUGCACAUGUUCACUAUCGUCCAGCUGACCUGUCUGUCUCUGCUGUGGGUGGUCAUGGCCACGGCAGCAGCACUAGCUUUCCCCUUCGUGCUGCUGCUGACGAUUCCUGUGAGGACGCUGCUGCUGCCUCGUGUGUUCACCCGCAGGGAGCUGCAGAGCCUGGAUGCUGACGACAUGGAGGAGAAGGACGGGCAGGACGAGGACUCACAGCUGCAGGGGCCCGUGUGACCCGGCAGCAGCCUGAUGAUUGGUCGAUCUUACUAGAUGGACUGAUCCUGCGCCCCCCUGCAGUAACAUCCAGCAUUUACCCUGUAGGAGGGGAGGGGGGUGUACUGGUUUUUAAUUCUUAGAUCUGAUUCAGAGCUUGUUCAGAUCUAGUUAAGUUCUGGUUCAGGUCUGAUUUACUUCUGGUUCAGGUCGGGUUAGUUACGGUUAGUUCUGGUUCAGGUCUGGUUCAGUUCUGGUUCAGGUCAGGUUAGUUUCAAUUCAGGUCUGAUUUAGUUCUGGUUCAGGUCGGGUUAGUUCUGGUUCAGGUAAGGUUAGUUUUGAGUCAGGUCUGGUUUAGUUCCGGUUCAGUUCUGGUUCAUUUUUGGUUCAGUUGUGGUUCAGGCCUGGUGAGUUUUA